UCUUUCUUACUAAAUACAAGAUGGGGACAUUGUGUCACGUUCAUGUUUUCUUGAUUUUGAGCAUUUGCACGCUAAAAUAUUUGGAUGCCUACACAAGAUGCAACACACCAGAUUAUACGAAGAAGGCUUAUGGGCAAAGCUGUACAACUAAUUCUCAAUGUGUGACAGAAUACUGCAACCCUGAUACAAAGACAUGCAAUUGUCACUCAGACUCAUUCAUAGACUCAACUAGUGGAUUAUGUGUUAAAAACGGUGGUCCCAUAUUUAGCUCUGCGGGAGAAUGUGGUUACCUUGUUAGCCCAAGCAGCGUCAGCCCAGGAAGUCUGGUCAAUUGGUCAAUCUAUGGAGAGCCGAGAACAUAUAUAACAAUUGUUGUUGUGGAAGUAGACAUGUAUCAAUCAACAGGUUGUGGGACAAACUAUUUGGAAAUUCUAGAAGGUUCUACACAUUUACUCUACAAAACUUGUGAUAGAAUGAAUUCUACGAAGAGAUUUCUAGCUUCCAAAUCAAAUAAUCUGACAGUUUUAUACCAAAAAGCUUCGAGUUCUUAUCGAGGAUUUAGAGCUAUCUAUUAUACAAGAAGUACAGCAAGUGAAUUAAAUGAAAGGUCUGGAUACAUAGUAAGCCCAGGAUAUCCCGUGUCCUAUAAUGAAAUAUUGAACAACACCUGGCUUAUUUCAGCCGAGCCAGGGAAUAUUAUUAGAACAACAUUUCUUCUAGUUGAUACUGAGACCUGUUGUGAUCACGUAAGAGUGUAUGACGGAAGGUAUUUUCAUUCAACAUCACUGACUAAUAUUUCGGGAUCAGUGUCUCUGAGAACAUCUACAUCAACAGCCAAUUAUUUGUUAAUACAGUUUAUAACAGACGGUUCUGUGUCACACACAGGAUUUACAGCUACUUAUGAAGUAAAUGAUAUCGGUUAUGGCAACAGUUGCACCACAAGUACAUGCAUUGGAGGACUGGUUUGCUUAGAUGGUCAUUGUGGAUGUUCAUAUAACCAGUAUUAUGAUAAUAUCAGCAGGUUUUGUCUUCCUAGUGUCAAUUUCGGAUAUUCAUGUCGACGUUCAGAAGAAUGCUUUCAAGGUUUAGUUUGUCGUGACUCGGUUUGUGCCUGCACAACAAGUCAGUACUACAAUUAUGACACUAGAUAUUGUAGGAGCGGAAUGGCUCAUGGAUAUUCAUGCACAAAUUCCAGCUGUGUAGAUGGUUUAUAUUGCCUAUCAGGUGUAUGCAGCUGUUCAAGCAAUCAAUUUUACGAUCAAAAUAUUGGAAUCUGCAAAGACAGAAUAACCUAUGGAAAUAUCUGCAACAGUACAGAGCAAUGUGUUGCAGAUCUCGCCUGUAAUGAUGCAACAUGUGACUGCUUGACAAGUUAUUAUUAUGACCAAACAUAUUCAAUAUGCAGACUUAGACUUUCUUACGGAAAUGUUUGCAUAUCUACAAGCCAGUGUCUACAGGACUUUGUGUGUACUGAGAAUUCUUGCAAUUGUUCUUCUAAUAGUUAUUACAAUAAUCUAACAUGUGUGGCUACACAAUGGGUUGCAACUACAAUUGCGCUUACUCACAAGCAUUCUCAUACCUUCAUUUGUUCAACUUCUGAAGAUUGUACAAGUCCUUAUGUGUGUAGAUCUGAGAGAAUCAUUACCAAGAAAUGUCUUUGCCCUAGCGACAUGUAUUUCAUAACAUCAAAUUGUCUAAACCAAUCAACAGUGCAGGCUGUAGUUUCCAGCAGUUCUAUAGUCAAGACAGAUUCAAUACUUCUCAAAUGGACAACGCAAAUUAGGAUAUCGAAUUUCUCUUUUACUGUUGAAUGGGAAGGACAUAAUGUAGCGACUAAUGCAAGUGAACUUUACAUAGAUGGUCUGUCACCUGGACAUGUUUACAGCUUUACUAUAACCACAAACAUACCAGCAGACGAUUAUUAUAACAAUAAGUCCAUUCAGUCAAACGUUUCUAUGGUAACAAAACAAGUUCCAGGAUCUGAAUGCAGUAAUUAUUACGAAUGUUCUGAUGAAACAAGUUGUGUUAGUGGAUAUUGUAUUUGCUUAUACCAAUAUUAUCUAAACAAGAUCUCUAAAACAUGUGAACCAAGACUAACCAAAAGUUACGAAUGCAGUCAAACAGAUGAAUGCAAAGACACUUUGGCAUGUAUACAUGGGAGAUGUGACUGCCAGCCUGGAAAUUACUACGACAGCAGCAAACAAAGCUGUUAUAUCGCACUUAAGAGAGGACAACUCUGUGAUCCUUCAAUUGAGAAUAUGUGUGAGUUACCGGACCUUAUCUGUGGACGUGAAAAUACAUACACAUCUAAUUACACGUGUCAACGAAACCCGACCAGAAAUGAAACUGGGGAAAUUGUUUCUCAGAAGAAUACAAGUGGAGACAACCCAAACACCGUCUUUAUAGCUGUAGCUGUUGUUGGUUGGGUUGCUGCCCUUGCAGCUGUCAUCGCUGUGAUUGUUAUAUGCUCAAGGAAUCGAAAGAAAUCUCAAACUAAAGGUAGACCCGAGACUCAAACAAUUGAAGCUAUGAGUGAUCUCAAGGGAACCAGUGAUUCUAAUGUUCCACGCAAAAAUGACUACAGAUUAUUUCCUAAAACAACAGACGUACAAUCAACCUCUAGUACAACGUUAAGUACAUCUGAAAUAUCGAAAGUACAGCCAGCAGUGCCCGCUUUGGCCAAGUCCAACAUCAAGCCAAAGGCAUCUUCCAAGCCAUCAUCUCCAUUCAAGACCAGUUCUUCUACAAAUAAGCUCGGUUUUUCAGCCAAGCCAAAAUUCGUUCAAGAUAAUAAAUCAUUCACACCUGAUUCCCCCGAUAACUCAUAUGAAGAGAUAACACCGAGAUUCGCUUAUGCUGAUGAUGACAAAGUUUAUCAGAAUGUUCAAAACUCGAAAGAAAACGUAUAUAUUAAUUCUAAUAUUUAGAAAAGCAGCAGCACUGGACACAAAUCCAACAUUUAUUUUGAUGUUAUGACAUAAAGAGCCCAUCAUAUGUAGGUGUGUAGCAAGUUACUAUACGGACUAUUUGUAUAACCCUGUGGCUAAACUCGGUAUUUCAACUUUAAACGUUUUUUAUCAGUUCUUGCAUGUGUAUACACACACACACACACACACGUAAAAACACACACACGCACACACACACACAUACAUACAUACCUCCAUAUAUGCUUGAAUUACCAUGCCAAUGUGCUAUCUUUUGUGUCUGACCACUUAACACUAUUGGGUAUGCCCAAGGAAAAAAAACGGGUGAAGUCAACACAAUCGUAAAAUGUUUGUUUGUAAAAUGUUUUACAUGUUUCCGAUGUUCCUUCAGAGUUGAAGAUGUUACUUCCUAGUCCAAACCUCCCGCAGACCGAUGUGGGAUGGGAGAGGGCAGGGUUUGAACCCGGGACCAUCGAUAAGUCCGAACGACAGUCCUGCGCGCCAAUGGCACGACCAGGCUGCCAUCAACUAUACACAAUACACUAGGACUACAUGUGUAGGCACUGGCGGAUCUGGGGGGGGGCGGUAGGGGUGAAUUACGAGUUUAAGUAUAGAAUUCACACAAUUUGUAUACGAAUUUAUUACGUAUGUUAAUAAUAUAUACUAAUUAUUUAUAUUUCAACCUAUUUUUAGAUUAUUUCGCCCCCCCCCUUUCUAGUAUUUUGGCCGAUUUGGUAGGGUCGGGAGGGGGCGAUGGCAUCAAUCCGCCCCCCCCCAACCAUAAACUUUCGAGUGGGGGGGCGGUCCUAUUUAUUUGUAGAAAUCACAGCUUGCUAACAGAAUAAAUUAAAUAUCUCUAUGAUUAAAACUUGUUAUAGGUCUUUAUAUUAUGUCGUUCACCUGUUGGCCGACUGGAAGGGGAGGAGCGAAUACCUCUACUGUCCUUCCCAUCUAAACCCUUUGAGUGGGGGGGGGGGGGCGGUCCUACUUUUAUGGAGAAAUCAUAGUAUGUGAACAAAAUUAGUUGAAUAUCUGUAUAAUAUAAACAGGUGGAAGUGCGAUACAUGCAAUCACCUUCCCCCCCCCCCCCCCUCAUCGGACAAACCAAUACUUUUUCUUUUUGUAUUAUAGUAAGAAAUUACAAAAUUUUAAAGAAUAUGUCACUAAUAUAAUUUAUAUAUGCUAUAAAGUAAAUUUUUAUAUGGAGUCGCCCAACCCCUAUUCUUUAAUGCAAAAUGCAAUCAUUAGCAGAAAUUAUAAAAAGUGGCGAGGAUUAACCGUUUUCAUUUUACUGUGUAAUUUCACAUGAAUUUAUCAUAACUAUUUUAAAAAAGACUUUGCUUUGAAAAAGUUAUAAUUCAAAAGAAAUUUGUCAAUAUAACAGUUACGGUUGAGAUAAAUUCAAAAGCCAGAUAAUCUUUUCCUAGUCGACUUUUUCCAACCUUUACUCUAUCUCAUAUUUUUCUUUAAAUAAAUUUAGGACUAUAACUCACAAUUUAUACUUACAUUUUAUUAAAUAUUAUUUAUUGAAUUUUUUGAUCCUCAAAGCCUUAAUCUAAAUAUGUGGGGUAUCUUAUCUUUUCAAAUAACAAAUCGGUUGUAUUUGCAAUGUAUUAAGGGACUAUAAAUUCAUAUUAGAAUAUGUUUCCACAUUUUUCAAAAGGUUCUUUAUAAUAGAAUGAAUAAUGAGCUGUAGGUCAGGAGAAUGUGUUUCUGCAGAGAAGAAUGCAAGAAAACGCUUUUGGAGUCGAUGCUUCGCCCCGAACCCCACUAAUAAGUAAUGAGCUGUAGAUGUCAGGAGAAUGGGUUUCAGCCGUGAAAAAUGCAAUAAAACGCUUUUGAAGUCGGGGCUUCGCCCCGAACUCCACUGAUAAUGCUUACAGCGCUCUCCCAGACCCCCAAGCUUGCAAGAGAAAGGCCUCAGCAUGACUGUUUUUUUUUCUGUUUGUUUUUCGCCGAAGCUUGAGAAACAGACUUAUUUUAUUCUCAUAAAUCGAAUAUAUAUAUAUAUAUAUAUAUAUAUAUAUAUAUAUAUAUAUAUAUAUAUAUGCUUUACGCACGUUUAUGCAUAGGGUUAGGGUUUACUGGGCGUUAGGGUUAGGGUUUGGAAAAAGUCGCCCCCCCCCCACUCCAAGGUUCUGGAUCCGCCAGUGUGUGUAGACUCACUACGUCUAUCUGACCAAGUUUUUGCAAUCAGUCGAACACAAAGUAUAUUUUUUGGUAAGGAGGGGGUGGAUUUUUUUUUUCUUUUUAAUACUUAAAAUAGGGAUCCGUCUAAUGUCCUUCGUUACUAGCCGUCUGUGUACUGAAAAGCGUCUUGUUUGUCGAAUAGAGCGUUCUUACUUUUGAACAAACUUUACUUCAUCGUCGCUAAGUAAAACUUUUCCCCUAUUCCCGAAACAAACAACUAAAUCCUAAUCAUGUCAUAACAGAGGAAUGCAGUAUUUCCCUUGGCUAAGCAGCCCCAGCCGUGACCUACAUAUUUAGGCAAGCAUGUGUCCACCGGUUAAGACACAAAAUGGCCGCCGGAAACUUUGGUUGUUUAUGUCUCAAUCUUUCCUUUCGUUCUAUUUCAAGACUGAAGCGCCCACUUCAUGACACGUCAUUUAGUUGUAAUUACCAAAAUGGACGAUUCUAAAUUACUUAUAGAUAAUGACGCAAUUAUUACAAUGUCUUCUGUCCCAGUGGGUAGCGUGGUUGGUAUAUCAAGCUGACGGUGCCAGGGUACGAAUUCGAUGUCCGGCUAAAACAAAACAUUUUAUUUCUAAAUUUUUUUUAAACUUGUAUAAUGGAGGUGUUGUCUUUUUUUUUAAGAUGUAAUUUUAAAAUUGUUUUGUUUGCUUAUGUUUACAAUCUUAAAGAUUUCUUAAAAUGUUUUUCUCUCGAAUAGGUUACCAAUUCUCACUAACAGCCUUUUCUAUUUUUAGCGGCCCCCGAAAGGGGAAAAGACGCUAUUAGUCUUAUGUGGUCUGUCUGUCUCUCCGUCCGUCCGUCUCAUUUAGAUCUCGUACACUAGAAAAGAUAGUGAAAAUACGACACCGAAAUAUUUUAGAUAAUUCAAAGAUCUGACGCAGUGGCUACAUUUUUCUUUUCUGGAAGCGAAAAAUCUAAUUUUUAAAUCCAAGUACGCAAGCAGUUUUUUCAUAACAAAACUAUUUACUAUCAAUAGUAGCAAACACGGGAGGCUGAUUAGUAAGGGGUAUGACCAUUUACUAUAUUUUUAAGUCAUUUAUGUAAACGGUGUUAUAUUUUUUGACACACUUCCAUAUGAAUUAUUACAUUUACCAAAAAAUGUUUACUUUAAAAAAAACAACAAUCUGUUUAGUAUGCAUAUUAUUGGAACAUAAUUUAAAACAACAAUUAAUUAAAUGCAUUUUUUUAAAAUAUUUUUUUUCGUAUAUAGAUAAUAUAAUUCACUUGAGGCUUUGAAUAAGAGAUGGACCCUUUACAAAACAAUUAGUUCAAUUAGAUAAUCAUUAUAACACAUCAGUUAUCCACGCUCGCACCUAACUUCACAUUCACUAUCACCCUUCUCUUGGUCUGCUGGCAAAUCAGCCAAGAAGACCAAUGACUUUGCCAAGUUUAAGUCAUUGAUUAACAUGAACGACUAGAUUGACCUAGGGUCAUGCUUAGGACGUAAUCAUCCUCUGUAUUGAAGCAACGUGUGUAUUUUAUAAGAUAAGAUACGAAAUUAAGAGAUAUAUAUUUUAACAACAACUUUCUUCCUCACAUGAAUGUCCUACACAUUUAGAUACUAAUUUAUUUCAUAAAAUAAAAAUAAAUCACAAGUGGAAAUUGCUAACUUUUGAUGGCUAAAUAAUGUGUUUAUUUUUUACCGUACUAUUUGAGCUGCAAGAUAAGAUGAUUGCGAAUCUAGAAAUUUUAGUAGCGAUAACAUUUAUUUUAUGAUGAAUUUUAGAAUAAUAUCUUGAAAAAGCUAAAUUAUACAAAAUAAAGUCUUAAUUUUAGGUACUUAGGGUGAACGUACAACUAUAUCUACAUAAUAUCUUUACGAGUACAACAUUUAAAAUCAGUAUCUCGCUUUGCAAGUUCCCCUCAUACAAUUCAAAAGGUGUGGCAGAGCUCUACCCCUCUGAGUAUCACCCAGGCCCCAACUGAUAACACUUAGCAAAGGUUGGUUUUGUGAAAACAAAAAAAAAGAAGUGAAGGGGAGAGGACUGAGUUGAAAUGCUAAACCCAGUACUCCCCUCCCCUGCUCUGUUAACUGUACAUAUGAUAUUUAUAUUUUUUUCCCAGUGCAGAAAUAGACGAAUGAUAAGGCUGUUAAGAGAACCACAUUUGGAGAACACCAACAUACUAAUUUUUUUUUUUUUAAUGUUGAAAUAAACUAAUAAAAAACUGUUACGGCGGAUAAGGAGACUCAAUUUUAGAACAUUAUUAAUUAUGUUCUGGUUAGUACAUGUCCUCGAUCCAGUUUAAUUUAGAGUAGAUCUAUAUAUUCAUUAAAUUUCUCUUUCUCAAAUGUUUA